GUCAUUGGGAUAUAUUUCUAAAAACAAAACGGUAUCGGUCUCGUGCAAAACAUAGUGUAAGAUUCUUAACAAACUGCAUCAUACAAAAACGAGAAUACAACAUCUACCGGAAUGUGAUUGCGACGACCUUCUUAAUCUUGGGCCACAUUUUAAGACAAUAUAAAAGACGCCGAAGCUUCAAGAAAAUUCAGUUUUUUACUUCAGUUUUCUUACCGUGAACGUAUAACUUCGUAACAUUUAAACGAGGAAUCAUCAUUUCUCAAUAAGAACCCAAGUAACAGAAAAUAUAUUAAUUUUAUUAAAAAUGGAGUGGAGUGGUUUAGACAAAGUAGCUGUCGUAACUGGUGCCAGUUCUGGUAUUGGUAAAGCCAUUGUUGAAUUACUUGUCUUAAAAGGUUUGAAAGUCAUUGGGCUCGUUCGUCAAAUAGAUGAACUCAACGCACUCGCCGAAGAAUUAAAAUCGAAGCCAGGCAAAUUAUUACCUCUUCAAUGCGAUCUAACGAAUCAAAAUGAAGUCAUGAAAACGAUAGAAUGGAUUGAAAAAAACGUAGGUUUUGCUAACAUAUUGGUAAAUAACGCAGCAUUGAAUCUUGGCACAGGAUUUUUUACGGGUGAAGUAGAAGAUUGGAAGAAAAUAUUUGAUCUUAAUAUUCUUGGUCUUACAUGCAUUACAAAGGAGAUUUUAAAGUUGAUGAAAAAGAAAGGUAUCGAUAAUGGUUGUAUCGUAAACGUAAACGACACAUUUGGAUUGAAAAUUCCAAUGAAUCCUGAACGUCCAGCUUCUCCUGCUUAUAUAUGCAGUAAAUUUGCGCUUACAGCGUUGACGGAGUGUCUUCGUUUAGAAUUGGCACAGCUCGAGUCUAACAUCAAAGUCAUUUCUAUUUGUCCAGGAUUAGUUGAAACCAAAAUGACUCAACAAUGGUUAAAGGAAAAUCCACGUUUGGCUUUGCAACCCAAAGACGUUGCUGAUGCUAUUCUUUUCACAUUGCAAACACCAGAAAAUGUUCUCGUGAAGGAUCUUAUUAUUACACCUCUUCGCGAAAUUUAAGCUCUACAAAUUUCUGUGCUGGAAAAAUGUAGUAAAAAUAAAUAAAAAAGGAAUACGACAAUAGAGUAGGUUUAUAAAAAUGAAUACCAAA